AUGAAGAUGCCAACUUUCAAGGGGACAAGAGAUCCAGACUUGUACUUUGAUUGGGAGCGGAAAGUUGAAGCCAUUUUUUAUUGUCACAACUAUUCUGAAGCUAAGAAGGUAAAGCUUGCCGUUGUUGAAUUUUCUUACUAUGCUUCUAUUUGGUGGAAAAAGCUUACAAGAGAUAGACAACAAGAUGGAGAACCACCCAUUGCUACUUGGGCUGAGAUGAAGAGAGUCAUGAAGAAGAGGUUCGUGCCUUCCCACUUUCAAAGAGACCUACAAAUGCGUCUUCGAAGAUUGGAGCAGGGAACCAUGACUGUUGAUGAAUACUUCAAAGCUAUGGAUAUGGCUAUGAUCCAAGCUAAUUGUAUGGAAGAUGAAGAGGCCACUAUGGCUAGAUUUCUUAAUGGUUUAAAUAAAGAAAUAGAUGAUGUAGUAGAGAUACAACAAUAUCAAGCUAGCUCGUGGAGGAGUCGGCCAAACACCAAUUCAAAGAAGCCAUGGCCGAAACAAGAUGUGACUUCUAGGCCUCAAGAAGGCAAAGGGAAGGCCAAAGUAGAUGACAAAGAUGGAGCUAGGAAGAUUCUUGAUGGAGAAAAUGAGAGUAAAAUAAGUGAGAAUGAGGAAGAAGAGGGAGGUGUGAGUGAAGAUGAUGUACAACUUCCUUUUAAUGAUAGUUUGGUUGCAGUAGUUAGGAGGAUUAUGGCUAUCAAUUUGGGAGUCAAGAGUGAAGAACAAAGGGAAAAUAUAUUCCAUACUAGGUGUGGGGUAAGGGGGAGAACUUGUUCUAUGAUUAUUGACAGUGGUAGUUGUGCUAAUGUAGUGAGUUCACACUUGGUAGAUACGUUAGGGCUUGCAUGCAUGAAACACCCUAAACCCUAUAGACUCCAAUGCUUGAAUGAUAGUGGUGAACUGAAAGUCAACAAACAAUGCAUGAUUUCAUUCAAUGUUAGCAGGUAUGAGGAUGAUACUCUUUGUGAUGUCAUUCCUAUGCAAGCUUGUCAUAUCUUGCUUGGUCGUCCAUGGCAGUUCGAUAGGAAUACUUUUCAUAAUGGAAGGAAGAACAGAUAUUCACUUGAGCUUAAUGGCAAGAAGUAUACUCUUGCACCUUUAACACCUUCUCAGGACUUUGAUGAUAUCUUUCCUGAAGAUAUUCCUAAAGGUCUUAAACCUUUGCGUGGAAUUGAGCACCAAAUUGACUUUGUGCCUGGUGCACAUAUUCCAAAUAGGCCUGCUUAUAGGAGUAAUCCUGAAGAGACAAAGGAGUUGCAAAGGCAGGUUGAAGAGUUGCUUAAAAAGGGGUUUGUGCGAGAGAGCCUGAGUCCUUGCUCAGUUCCUGUUCUAUUGGUGCCCAAAAAAGAUGGAUCUUGGAGGAUGUGCGUGGAUUGUCGAGCUAUCAACAAGAUUACGGUAAAGUAUCGUCAUCCUAUUCCUCGUCUUGAUGACAUGUUGGAUCAAUUGCAUGGGUCCAAAAUCUUUUCUAAAAUUGAUCUAAAAAGUGGUUACUAUCAGAUUCGAAUGAAUCCUGGAGAUGAAUGGAAAACUGCUUUUAAGACCAAAUAUGAGCUUUAUGAGUGUUCUAAGGGAGUUGAGGUUGAUGAAGAGAAAAUCAAGGCAAUCAGAGAGUGGCCUAAACCUAAGAGUGUAACUGAGGUUAGAAGUUUUCAUGGGCUUGCUAGUUUUUAUAGGAGAUUUGUUAGAGAUUUUAGCACCAUUGCUGCUCCUCUAACUGAAGUUAUCAAGAAAGAUAAGGGUUUUACAUGGUCUUUGGAGGUUGAAUGUGAUGCUUCUGGAAAAGGAAUAGGUGCUGUUUUAAUGCAGGAGUCCAAGCCUAUUGCAUACUUUAUUGAAAAUUUGAGUGAGCUCUAUGCUUUGAGCCAAGGUAAGCUUAAUCGUAGGCAUGCAAAAUGGGUUGAAUUUAUUGAAACUUUUCCAUAUGUGAUUGCUUACAAGCAAGGAAAGGAGAAUGUGGUUGCUGAUGCACUAUCAAGAAGGGAAGCACAUUGUGGUGGACUCACGGGACACUUCGGAGUGCCCAAAACUUUGGAUAUACUUGUUGAACAUUUCUUUUGGCCAGGCAUGCGAAAGGAUGUUGAGAAAGUGUGCUCUCAAUGUCUUGAAUGUAAACAAGACAAAUCGAAAGUGUUACCACAUGGUCUUUAUACUCCUUUACCUGUUCCCACUUCCCCUUGGCUUGAUAUUUCCAUGGAUUUUAUGUUAGGUUUGCCUAGAACUAAGCAUGGUAAGGACAGUAUAUUUGUAGUGGUAGAUAGAUUUUCAAAAAUGUCUCGGUUUAUUCCAUGUUUGAAGACUAAUGAUGCAUCACAUGUGGCUGAUUUGUUUGUAAAAAAAGUGGUUAAAUUACACGGUAUACCUAAAACUAUUAUUAGUGAUAGGGAUGCUAAGUUUUUAAGUCACUUUUGGAGGGUUCUUUGGGGAAAGUUGGGAACUAAACUACUAUUUUCUACGUCUUGUCACCCGCAAAAUGACGGGAAAAUAGAAGUAGUUAAUAGGACUUUAGGGAAUAUGUUGAGGGCUGUUCUAAAAGGAAAAUUGACAUUUUGGGAAGAACAUUUGGCCAUGGUAGAGUUUGCUUGUAAUAGAACUGUCCAUUCUUCUACAGGUAAGUCUCUUUUUGAAGUUGUUUAUGGCUUUAAUCCCCUCACCCCCCCCCCCCUUGAUUUACUGCCUUUACCUACUGAUAAUAUUGUUAAUCUUGAUGGUAGGAAGAAGGCUGAAAUGAUGAAGAAGAUUCAUGAACAAACAAACCUUGCAAUUGAGCGGAAGAAUGAGCAGACUGCCUUAAGGAGAAAUAAGGGGCGAAAAUCUAUUAUUCUUAAGCCCGGGGAUCAAGUAUGGGUGCAUUUCAGGAAGGAAAGGUUUCCUGCCAAAAGAAGAUCCAAACUAGACCCAAGAGGAGAUGGUCCAUUUGAAGUCCUUGAAAGGAUUGGAUACAAUGCUUACAAACUUGAUCUUCCUAGUGAGUAUCAAGUUUAA